CAUCAGAAACGGGGAUAACGACUGUUUUCAUGCAAAGCCGUAGUCACACACACGCAUCUUUACAAAAGCAGCUAUUGUCAGAGAGGAGCAAAACCACAACAGAGAGAAGGCAUUAUGGGUAAGCAACAGGUAUAAUGCCGUACACAGGUUUAAAGCACUUUCUGCUCAGACAUGUUGUCAUUUCCUCAGAUUAUGGGCAGCUAACGCUGAGUGUGCUGGUGUGUACAGGAAGGUCUGAUCAGAAUCACUUCUGUUGGUGGAAAAGCAGUGUUUUAUUUUUAGAGCCCAGUUGUCAAUGACCUGCUGUGACCUCCGACCAGGAUUCACAUCACUUCACCCCCUACGUUACUUACGUUUGUACUGUGUAUUUAUACAAAUGAAACAGAUGAAAAUACUUUCCAUAAUCCUGCCCCAUUCUUUUACGUCUUACUUUUCUUUUUACUUCUUUGGAAAUUCCAGCUUCUCUAAAACUCCCAGAGCAGGUUUGGGCAGCUCCCUUGUUUACCUUUUCCCUGGCCCCCGCCCUGCAGCUCACUUCCUGAUCACCUUGGCCUGUCGAAGGUGUGCUGCCUCAGAGCUCACACAUGAGCAGCAGGGCUGGAGAAUUCCCUCAAGACUGACAAGCAGAUAAAAUUUCUUUGCUGUCGGACCGGCAGCCAAUCCACGGGCUGCGUGACUGGGACAAAGUCCCCUUCACUGAGUCAUCUAACUCCCCCGUCCUUCCCUCCACCUUGGCUCUCUGCGGUUUAACGUUACACCCUGUGCUGAGUUUUACCUGUUCAGGUGAAAUGCUCAACUGAAAGUGAGUGUCUCUUAUUGGCCAGACCAAACAGGAAGUCGUCUGCUGCACCUGUGAGAUCAUGUUCCGUCAGGAUAGAUACUUGACGGAUCCUACCAGACAUUCAACCACCUUAUGAGUACUUAGAAGGAACGAGCAGUAAUUCAACAAAGGUGCCGUUGCGAUGGCCGAGGCAUCUGCACCACCUCUGUCCCCCUCCGACUAUGACCUCAUGACCCCACCUCCUGACCUGUGCGAGGCGUGCGGCCACAGUCACCAGCUGGAGGAGAAUCACGAGUACCUCUACAAGGAUGAGGUGGACGACGACCUGGUCUGUCACAUUUGCCUGCAGCCGCUCAUCAAGCCCCUGGACACGCCCUGUGGACAUACGUACUGCCAGGAGUGUCUCACCAGUUUCCUGCUGGAGAGUGACUUUUGUCCCGUAUGCCGCGCGCCCCUGAUGCUUCAGAGCUGCAGGAAGCCCAGCCUGCUGGUUCACAAACUACUGGACAAACUCAGUGUGGCGUGUCCGUUCACUGACCACUGUGACGAGAUCGUGGCACGUGGUGAUCUGCAGGACCACAUCAAGGGCAGGUGUAAGGGAGCCUCACACUAUGGGCUCUCCGCAGACAGGAAGAGGCGCUCACAGGAGGGCGAAUGCACCGACAGUACGUCAGAACUCACCAUUGCAACGCUGCCCGGCGACGGGCCCACGUCCUCUGCUGCGGUUGCCCUCCUGUCAGAUGAGCAAGGUUUGGUCAAUCCCGCUUUUGACCCCAGCAUGGAGGACAACAGCCAAUCAGGCAGCACAACCAGCCUGGCCGCUCGCAGCAGCAGCAAGAAGCUCAGAAAUUUUGACCUCUCUUCUGUGAGGAGUCUCUCCUUCAGGAAGUUAAACCGGGCGUUCAGUGUCCUACGGAGGACCAAGAGUGGCACCGCCGUGAGCAACGAGACAUCGGAGGAGAGGGACAAUGCCAGGAACGCCACGGUUCCACAGGAAGUGCUGGCUCUUCCUCAACUCCAUCACCUGAUCCCUGAUGGUGAAGUUACCAGUAUUAAGAUCACCCGGGCGGAUCCCUCAGAACCGCUGGCCAUAAGCAUUGUUGGAGGAAAUGAGACACCGUUGGUUCGCAUACUGAUCCAGGAUAUUUACAGGGAGGGCGUCAUUGCACGGGAUGGACGCUUACUUCCCGGGGAUAUGAUUCUCAAGGUGAACGGCAUUGACAUUAGCAACGUUCCCCACUGUUACGCCGUAGCGACCCUUAAACAGCCUUGCCAGCUCCUGCGGCUAACGGUGCUCAGAGAACAGCGCUAUCGCUACCGUUCCCAUGGCCAUCAGCACAGCCACGGUCACAGCCAUGAUGGAGCCGGAGGUCAUCCGCCGCUCGGCCUACCCCACCAUCAGUUAAGGGAUGACAGCAUCCAUGUAGUCCUGAGCAAAAGCACUCCGGACGAGCAGCUGGGCAUUAAGUUAGUGAGGCGUCCAGACGAGCACGGAGUCUAUAUAUUUCACCUGCUGGAGGGUGGACUGGCAGCACGUGAUGGACAGUUAUGCGUGGGUGACCAAGUGCUGGCCAUCAAUGGACAUGAUCUACGUUACGGAGCGCCGGAGCACGCUGCUCUCCUUAUCCAGGCGAGUGAGGAGGGUGUCCACUUCAUAGUGUCCCGCCAGAUCUGCCUACCGACUCCAGACAUCUUACAGGAAGCUCCAUGGGCCAUGGACGGUCCCCCGCCAUAUUCUCCAGUGGAUAUAGAGCAAACACUACUGGAUGCUUGUCAGAAACCUGCGUGUUACGAGAAGACAGUCACUCUGACCAAGGAACCCUACGACUCCUUGGGUAUGACUGUAGCAGGGGGCAUGUCCAGCCGAGGAUGGGACCUCCCUAUUUAUGUGACCAAUGUGGACACUGAUGGAGUAGUGGCCCAGGAAGGCUCCAUCCGCAAGGGUGACAUCUUGCUAAAUGUGAACGGGGUAGAUUUGACCGGAGUGACGCGGAGUGAGGCAGUGACCAACUUGAAAAACACCUCCUCUCCUGUUGUGCUCAAGGUCUUGGAAAUGCGCUCUCCUGAAGAGAGCCUCCAGGAGUGCACACUGCCGCCCUGCCUCACAAAUUCACCUACAGAUUCCACCAAGAGUCUGCUGUCUAACGACGACUACUCCCCUCUCUGGGUGUCAUGGCUGCAGUUGCCCAGGCACCUGUACUGCUGCAAAGAUAUCGUCCUGCGGCGGAGCACGUCAGGCAGCCUCGGCUUUAGCAUUGUGGGAGGUCAGGAAGAGGUCAACUGCAAUCAAUCCUUUUUUAUCCGCUCCAUUGUGGAAGGGACACCAGCAUACAACGAUGGCAGGAUAAGGUGUGGGGACAUCUUACUGGAGGUAAAUGGCAAGAGCACUUGGGGUAUGACUCACACAGCACUGGUGCGUCUUCUAAAGGAGCUGCGGGGCAGGAUUACCCUGACCAUUGUCUCAUGGCCGGGCAGUCUGCUGUAGCUCUGCCCCAGGCCCUCCAACACUGCUUUAAGUGGCACAGACCAAGGAAUGUGAACGGUAGAGCUUUAGACUGGCUGACAUUUCUUAAGCUUGCUAUGUGGAAGAAGCUUAGAAUAGUACUGUAGCUCUAUGGAUAUCUCACCUGUGGUGGACAUCUAAGACUUUGUCAGGAGUUUAAAGAGGGGGGGAGCAGACCUGAUUGUUACCUGAGAUCAACAAAGCCCUCCAAGAAUGCCAAACUGGAGAAAUCCAGGCCUGAUCAGGAUGAUGAUGAUGAUGAUGAUGACGAUGAUGAUGAUGAUGGACAUUAUCUGUUUGUGGUGAUUCUCUGAACCAGCAUUCAGUCAAUACGUUUGGUGGCCGGAGAGGAGAGACAAAACGUUGCCAAUUUCAGUAGUUAGUAGGGUAUCUGUAAAGUUGGACUCACAUUUCUUUACUGUACAUGUUGGGUGUCUUAAAAGUACUGAUCCAAGCACUUGUAAUACAUUUACUUUGUCGUCCAAUGGCCUUUAAAUAAGCUUCACCGGGUUUGUACUGACAGUGGUUGUUAUCAUCGUUCGUUGACCUGAGGACACGUUGCCAAGUAGUAGUCUGUGUUUAGGUUUUUUUCUUUACUUUCAAAAGCUAUGGCUGAGUCAACACACCACUGGCAAUGAAAAAAAUAAAAUAAAAACAUAACAGAUCAAUGUGUUUAUAACAUGUUAAACUAUUGACAUUGUGGAGGCCUUACUUAUUUUCUUACCUUUAAGAAAAAAAGCUGACUUUGUUUCCGUGUAUCAGUGGAUGGUCUCGGCCCGUCUGCUGUGGUUCUGUCUGUCAUGCUUUGGCCUGUGUAAUAUAUCUGAUGGUAUUUUUCUGGUUAAAUGAUCAAUAAAGUCGACAAAAAGCUG